GAAAACUUUUACUGCUACAGUUUUUGAAAAUCUCAUUGCUCACUGAUUUAAAAGUUUUUCUUUUUAAUUCGACUGUAAAAUUUCUUUCAUUUUGACGUUCUCGUGUAACCGUGUACGCCUAAGUCGCAAAUGUAAACAAUCACUUUGGUGGGUCCGGUGGUGCUGGUGAGUCUAGGACGCAAAGCAAAGCUGACCGCGGCAGCACCCAGGACUCGGACGCGGAAACCUUCGUGAGCCAAACAGCAGCAGCGGAACGCCUUCGAAGGAGGGUGGUGCAGGAGCGGGACGAUGUUGAGUGCUCGAAAAGGACAAGGCCAGCUUCCUGCAGGAACUGCAGCUGUUCCACGGCCGGAAUGCGAUGAGAGGUAGGAAUGUGGAUUCGCACCGGUUGUAUUCGGUGGUGGUGGCCCGGGAUUGGUGAUUGAAGGUCAAUUCCCGCGAGGACUGGGGCGAGAUCAUCGAGGAGAUGGCGCUGCCGAAGCGUUGCGUGAACAACGAGAUUGCGUUGAAGAAGAUUAACUUCCGGUUUUUGGACAAGUACGAGAAAGUUUAUUUUCACGGUGAGGAGAAGGAUCCGACGAAGAGGAGGACGACGAAAAGCUACAUAAUCGGAGGUGGUCAGCACAGAUGUUGCACUCGGUGCCGGCGGUUUACAACACCGCAACUUCCCACCUACAAACACUCACCUCGCGACGGCCUCAUCAACUCCAUGUUCCGGAUGCGCUUCCAGGAUCGGGAACUCCCCGUUCAGGCACUUUACUUUCCAGCCGGAAAACGUCGACCACCCUUCCCGAAUCAACGGCCAACUCCUCCAAGACUAUCCUGA